UAACUAAGCCAUUGAAAUAAUGCCUUCACAUGACUCGGGGUCCGACUUCAACAAGUCCUAUUGAUAACCGGAAGCAGCAGGGGCGGCGGUGUGUCCCUGACGAGAGGCUUCCAGGAUACUGGGACUUUCCGUAACGUUACCGACUGAAUAGUGAAACAGUCCUGCUAUCAUUAAACUAAAGAGGGGUGUGCAUUAUCCUUACCAAAGGAGGAUAACAUUUUUCUUAUUGGGUUUUUACUAUUCAAUCAUGAACACUUAGACUCCUACAAAAGGGAUGUUCGAGAUGGGGGGAGGGGUUUGAGAGCACGUAUCCCUUGGUCUGUGUGUGUGUGUGUGUGUGUGUGUGUGUGUGUGUGUGUGUGCUCGAGGCAUUUGUUUAAUUUAAAAUGUACAUACACAUAAUCACAUACCGUAUGUUAAAAUUGGUAUGGUUAGAUCAUGUAUUAGACAUGUCUGUGCUAAAUGUACAAGAUGAUCAAGUGUAUACUGAUCCUGGGUGAUCAGACCACAGUGUAACAUAAUGAUUAUUGAUUUGAGGAUGCAUUUUAAUUACGCCGUUAAGUUCAUCCUUUUUUACUGUACAGGAUGUGUUUUGUUGGGACAUAUAUCCCCUGGGACUGUAACUGAAAAGGAAAUAUUGAAGUUUCAGAGGUUACUCUACAAGGUACAGGUAAAAUUGAUCCAGGUGCAGGUUAUAUGCAGGGAAUAGGAUGUUUGACGAAAAUAAAUGACAAAUGUGUCAGAUACCUCGUGCAGAUUGUAUCCAAUAUUGUGUGAUGAUAGUGGUUGCUGGACUAGUAGGUUUUUUUUCUGCACUCUCUUGGUUUCAAAACUUAGCCAAUCAUCACUUUCUUUUUCUCUCUCUUGUCUUUUGAUUUGAGUAAGAACCCCCCCAGUCCCCGAUCGUCUAUUUCACUAUUUUCUGUCUCAGUGUGAGUGAAUGUGUCUGUGUGAGAGAGAACACGACCUUGGGUUUUCUCAAACCUCUCUCCCUUUGAAGGACAUCUCUUUUGCCUUAAAGUGCUCCACUUAAAUACAAAAAUGGAAACUCUUGUUCAACUCAAAAACAACCAAUUUCUGAUGGGGUUGUGUCGCAGCGGCCCUCCACCUGACCUUCAGUAUGAUAACACCUCAGAGCUCUUCCGCAUCUCUACAUUUGCCCGAUUCCCACCUUCGGGAGUAACAGAGCGAAGUCUGGCGAGGGCAGGUUGGUUCUACACCGGCGUGGGCGACCGCGUGCAGUGUUUCAGGUGUAAUGUGACCGCAGAGGGCUGGCAGGCCGGAGACUGCCCAACAGAGAAACACAGGCAGCUCUCACCUUCCUGUUCCUUCAUCCAGAGCCUCCCAUCUACAGCCAAUCUGCUGUCCUCCUCUCACUCUGCCUUCUCCCCACUCCGCAUUGCUCCAGCCAUACCAAUUUCUGGUCCAGGCCCAGCCGUUCCUAACCCGACAGUAAGCCAAGGUGAAGAUCCAGUCGGCUACCUAAAUAUGGGCUUCUCUGCUCCACCCCCCUCCAGCCCGCUUAGCUCUCGUGGUGUAGAGGACAUGUCCCACCAGAGACCAACAUGCCACAACCCCAGCAUGCGCAGAGAGCAGGACCGCCUGGACUCCUUCCACCCCUGGACGCUCUCCAUCAUAACUCCUGCUGAGCUCGCCAAGGCGGGUUUCUACUACCUGGGCCAGGGCGACCGAGUGGCCUGCUUCAGCUGUGGAGGACAGUUGAGUAACUGGGAGCCAGGUGACAGAGCCGUAUCCGAACAUCAGAGGCAUUAUCCAAACUGUCGUUUUGUGAGGGGGGACAGAGCUGACAACGUGUCGCUGGCCGGAGCUGCGUCUGGAGGAGUAACUUCUCAACUGCCCACAGGGGCCCCAGUGCUCAGUAAUGUGUCCAACCCUGCCAUGCACCAGAGCGACGAGCGGCUGCUCACUUUUGUCAACUGGCCGUCACGUAUCCCUGUCCGGCCUGACCAGCUGGCUAAAGCUGGCUUCUACUACGUAGGUCGUAACGAUGAUGUCAAGUGUUUCUGCUGCGAUGGAGGCCUGCGAUGCUGGGAGUCUGGAGACGAUCCCUGGGUGGAACAUGCUAAAUGGUUUCCUCGGUGUGAAUACUUGCUCCAGGAGAAGGGACAGGAGUUUGUUCACCAGAUCCAGGCUCGCUUCCCUCGGCUGUUUGAGCAGCUUUUAACGAAUGGAGACGGCAGCUCCAGAGAGUUUGUGGAUCCACCUGUGGUUCACCUCGGUCCAGGAGAGGAGCGAUCUGAGGAUGCUGUCAUGAUGAACACCCCCGUGAUUAAGUCCGCAUUAGAGAUGGGCUUUGAUCGCAGUCUAGUCAAGCAGACCGUCCAGAGCAAGAUCCUGACCAGCGGAGAGAACUACAGGACAGUCCAGGAGCUGGUUUCAGACCUGCUGAGUGCCGAGGAUCAGAAAAGGGAAGAGGAGCGAGAGAUGAUGGCAGAGGCGAUGGCGUCAGAUGGCUUCACCUUUGUAAAGAGACACCAGGCAGCGUUGAUCCAACGUCUGAAGAGUGUUGAGCCAGUGUUGGAGCAUUUAAGAGAGCAAAAUGUGUUAUCUACAGAGGAGUACGGCGGUCUCAAGGCUCAGACGUCAGCCCAGCAGCAGACUGCCAAGCUGAUAGAGCUCGUGCUCACCAAAGGAAACGCUGCAGCUGAGGUCUUCCGAAACUGGAUCCAGAAAAACGAUGUCCACCUGCUCAGAGAUCUCAUGGCCCAAUCAAACGAAGCUGCAUCACCAAGCCAAGAUCUUUCAGACCUCCCCAUGGAGGAGCAGCUGCGGCGCCUGCAGGAGGAGCGUACCUGCAAGGUGUGCAUGGAUAAAGAAGUCAACAUAGUAUUUAUCCCAUGUGGACACCUUGUGGUGUGCAAAGAGUGUGCGCCAUCACUGCGAAAGUGCCCAAUCUGCAGAGGCCUGGUCAAAGGCACGGUCCGAACCUUCCUGUCAUAACCAGGAGGUUUUGAGCCGCUUUGUCUCAGUGUCCUGACUAUGUGAUUUGAAUGUAAGCAAUAUGAUAUAAAUUUCUAUUUAUUGGAAAGAGCAGGAUGUUUUGCAUCUUUUUUUCCUACAGCGUAUAUCUAGAUAACUACAUACGGCUCACAGACAAAACCUUAACUGAACCCAAUUAAGUUAUGUUUAGUAAAAGGCUUUGACUUUAAUAUCAGAGUAUAGUCUAAAAGUGCCCCGAGAUGACUUGUGCGCAAUAUAAAUGAGUUUUCGGCUUUUCUUAGGGCUGGUAUGUUCAAGAUCAGAAUCCUAAAUAUUUAAGUAAUAAACGUGUCAGUUUAGUGGUCUAAUUAUUUUUUUUGUCAGAGGUAUCAAAGUGACGGUCAUUUAGCCUUUAGCAUAAAUCAUGAUUACAUAAGAAACACAACUCUUAUUGUGACAUCGUGUUUGUUCAUCUGUAAACAAUAUGGUGCAGAAAAUGUCAAACCUGAACAGUGGUCACAAGUAGACCUACUGAAUGAAAGACUGUUAAACAUUAUCUUUAUCAAAUGUAACAUGAAUUUUUUGUCUUUUACAUAUCCUGACUCGUAUUAAAAUCCUAAUCAUUCAAUAGUAACUAAAUGUAAGGCGUUCUCAUUUUCCUGUAUAAAACCUAUGAAGUCAAACAAGCAUCAAACUGAAAGUAACUAGUGAAUUGCUGUACAGCCUCCAUCUUCAGUCAACAGCAUUGUAUUUUACAGAAAACAUGGAAAUAUUAAAGUUAAAACCUUCAUAAAGUUUAACGCAAGUUAAAUUGUAGUCCUUUCUGUCUCGCCAGUGACAUUUGGUGAUACUACUGCAUUUUCCCAGUCUUCACACCAGACUAUGGCAACUGUCAAAUGUUCUACACUAUUCAGUGAAUGUAAAAACCGAUGAAUAAACUUUGUACCAGCAUGUGCUCCA